AAUUACGAUUGUAGAGAAAAUCAAUUUACCUAAAAAGAAGUAUAAAACAAAAUAUAUCUGGUCACCCCAUUCAAAAAGCAAUGAAAGCGCAGAAAUAAUAAAUGAUAAUAAAUAAAAGAGCGAGAAAGUUAACAGAAAUACAUAUAUGAAGAAAGUAAACGUGUGAAAGUCAUUGCACGAUCAGUCUACUUAGCACUGUUUGCUUUUUUCAUGGUAUUCCAAUAAUUGCUGCAAUAUUGUCACAACACGCUGGGGUCUCAGGUUGUAACCAUUCGCUGUUCCACUGCCUGCCCUGCUGAUAAGGCAAUCAGCGCAGCCGCGCUGUUGUUAAACCGUGUGCAUGGGUAAUAACACAUUGAGCAGAAGCUCUGUUUACUUAGCAGGUAUCUAAAGCCCACAUUAUCAGCAAACAUACCGGCCAAACUACAUACAUGGUACUUUGGCGGCAGGCAGUCGACGCAGACAAACAACAUACUAAGCAAUACUAUCACGCAGGCCGAAGCGAAAGUAAAAUAAUUAAAUAUACUUAUAUGAAUGUAUAACAAUUGGUGUGCUAGAGGAAAAGGUGGAGCAUUAAUAUUGAUUUAAGCACUUGAUAUCUAGUGUGCGUAACCAUAAGGAGGUGUGUGUGCGUGUGUUUCUGGCGUUAGACGCUAGUGCGCAAGCGUACAACGCACAAUAACAAACGACUACGUACAAGCUGUUAUCAAUUACGGCGCGCAAUGUCGCACGGCAUAGUGAGCGGGGGAGCAGGAGCAGCAGUCGUCGAUAGCAGUAGUCUUAACGCACAGUCCGCUACCACAGAAUAUCGCGAAGUACAUUGGACAUCGAAUGUCAUGGAUUCUUCACGCGUCUCCACUUGUCUCAUUUCGAUGCUGUUGAUCGUGUAUGGCAGUUUUCGUAGUUUGAAUAUUGAACAGGAGGCUCGUGAACGUGAACAAAAGAAGCGUAGUGAAUCAAUGAUGAAUUUACUAACCGGGGAACCUGUGGAACAAGAGACUAGCAAAUUCGCAACGCUCGAUACAAUGCAUGCAUUGUGCUUGCCACUCGGAGCUUCAGUUUCAUUGUUGGUUAUGUUUUUCUUUUUCGAUUCAAUGCAAUUGCUUUUCGCCGUUUGUACAGCAAUAAUUGCAACGGUGGCUUUAGCCUUUCUGCUAUUGCCCAUGUGCCAGUACAUAAUACGACCAUGCACCGAUGGUAAUCGUAUAUCGUUUGGUAUAUGUGGUCGCUUUACUGCAGCUGAAUUAUUCAGUUUUGCGCUCUCUGUGUCAAUUGUAUGCAUUUGGGUACUCACCGGACAUUGGUUGUUAAUGGAUGCGAUGGGCAUGGGUCUAUGUGUGGCAUUUAUCGCUUUUGUACGCCUGCCAAGUCUUAAGGUGUCUACACUUUUGCUAACUGGACUGCUCAUCUACGAUGUCUUCUGGGUUUUCUUUUCAUCGUAUAUUUUUAGCACAAACGUGAUGGUUAAGGUGGCCACCAGGCCUGCUGACAAUCCGGUCGGCAUAGUAGCGCGAAAACUAAACUUGGGGGGUAUUGUGAAAGAGCCACCCAAACUUAACUUGCCAGGCAAAUUGGUUUUUCCAAGCAUACACAAUAGUGGGCAUUUUUCAAUGUUGGGUCUAGGUGAUAUUGUGAUGCCGGGCUUGCUGUUAUGUUUUGUUUUACGUUAUGACGCAUAUAAGAAAUCGCAGGGCAUAACUACGGAUCCCACGUUGCAGCCACCGAAAGGAGUCGGUUCGAGGCUUACCUACUUUCACUGUUCCUUAUUGGGCUACUUUCUUGGUCUGCUCACCGCUACCGUAAGCUCAGAAGUUUUCAAAGCAGCACAACCGGCAUUAUUAUACUUGGUGCCGUUCACGUUAUUGCCGUUGUUGACUAUGGCUUAUCUCAAGGGCGACUUACGACGCAUGUGGAGUGAACCGUUCAUCACGCAGCAACCAACAAAGCAACUGGAAGUCUGAGUGCUUAGCCUCUUUUUUCCUUCGUAUACGUUUAACAAACUACGUUUAUACAAGGAAUGAAUUAUUUUAGUUUUUGUAUUUUAAUUAUAGUAAUAGACAUAGACCAACUUGGAGCAUGCAUGAGGGUGGGGGUUGUGAAUAAUACGUAGUAUGUAUGCUGAAUCAAGAGUUUAAGACAAGAAAGAAUUUUUACUCAUUUUGCGUUUAAUUUUUACAUGUUUAUUUUUCAUAAAAAACUAAAUUCAUUGAACUAAAAAAUAUUAAUAUUUAAGUAUAAUGCGCUCAGAUAUCAAAAUGAGAUUCAAUAAUAGUAACGUAUUUGUAUGUAAAACAUCCGUUAAUACAACAAUGUAUUAAAUAGUGAAAAAAGCCAAAAUUUAGCGCACUUGAGAAAUAUACAUACAUAUUACAGUAAUGUCGAUGUAUGAUUACAUAUUUCCAUAUACAAAAUACAUGCCUCAGUAUAUCAUCUUACGAAUCUACAUCCGCACGUUAAGAAUGAUGACUUCUAUAGAAAUGUAUAAAUAUAUACAAACACACAAUAAAAUACAUGCAUACAAUAAACAGUACUCAUUAAGCCACUCAUUAGGUAUAACUAUCAUCUGAACGAAUCAAUUUCGUUAAUUUAUAUAGAACUGAAUUUUCUUAAAACUCGCUUGAAGCAAAUUAGUAAACAAUUCAAGAAAUAUGUGAACAUUACAUUAGAGGGCAAAUGUUUAUAAACCUUUUUAAGUUUUUUUAUGUUAAAGAAACAAUUAUAACUCGCUGUAGCAGCGCAUGUUCACAGUACUGUCCAACGAUAGUAGGGUCUACGUAAACGGAACGCGACGGAUUUUAAUCCGGCCAAGCACUGUCUUCGGCAUAAUUCAUUUUGCCGCUACAAAAACAAGUGCUGUUCUAUAAGCAUUUUAUACAUUUCGCAUUAAAUCUAACUGAAUUGAAUAAAUAAAUUAAGCUUUCCUAUACUUUGGAUGUUUAAAAACAAAAAGUAUCAACUUUUUAAUCAAAUUUUUUAGUUUAGUUUUUAAUAAAAAACAAAUUGUUUAAACAGGUGUAAAUUGGAAAAGAACAUGUGUUAAGUAAAACAUUUAUGAAAUAUCGUUAUUAAUAAAUUGUUAACACCAAGUUUUUUUUUUUUUUUUUGUCAAAAAUACACUCGGAGUUUCUAUUCUCCAUUUAAAAGCAAAAUCCGAACCAACCCAAAAAAACUAUUUUAUUAAAAUCUGUUUGAAACCAUUUCAUUAAUUGAUAGUAGCACAUUAUAUAUUUAUUUUUUAAAUAUGAUUCAACAUCUUUUAAGUAUAAAUUCAUAACCAUUGUUAAGAAUUUAUUAGUUUAUAGUCACUUGAUUGGUUUGAAAUAAUUGCAAAGUGCUGCAGUGGGUUCUACCGUUAGAUUUUCCGUUGUGAUUUUUUCAUUUAUUAAAUCUGUUAUUAAAAAUGAAAAACUAAAAUCAUUAAUUUCAGCUUUUCAUUGUAUUUAAAUUGAAAUUUCUUUAUUAUAUCUGAUCGAAAAUAAACCAUUUUUUAUUAAAAUUAUAAUUACAAAUACAUUGUAAUAAUUAUAGAAAUGCUCAGAGAUGUUAGAAUGAAUUUAAAGCACUGUUACUCAGAAAAGUGAACGCCUUUACUGGUGGUGGCACUCAAGUUGGUGCAAUAUGGGUUUUUGUAUUUUCCGAUUGUCAAUGAGAGUGUAUUAAUAGAGGUUUUAUGUCACAGCAAAUUCUAAAUAUUGUUAUGUGCAUAUUCAUAAUCUUAAUGCGCAUUUAUUUUAGUUAAAUUCAACGCAAGUAAUCAUAACAUUUUAUAAUAAUCUUUCAACAACGAAAAAUACUGUAAAAUUAAUAAUUUCAAAAAUCAAUAUCAUGGAAUAACUUUAAAAAAUUGCGUAAAAGUUUAAUUUGUCAGUAAUUUGUGGAUGAGAAUUAUUAUAUUUAUUAUCUUUUCACACACUUAAAUGUAUAUUUUAUGGUUAUUGAAAGCUACUUUUAUACUUUAGUUUGGAAAUAUCCAAUACUCCUACCAAAGUAUGAAAUUUUUGUUUUAUUAUCAAAUUAAUAGAGAAUUUGUAUUUCUUUAGGCUCACUUUGACAAUUCGGUGGAUAAACAACUUAUCUGAAAUUAUACAAAUUAUUCAUCAUAACUCAGCAAACAAUAAACAAACGUCAACUUAAAACCGAUGCAUUUCUUAUAAACAAUAAGCAAA